AUGGAGAUGGACGUCCAGACGCCAUUGAAAAAGAAGCGCAGCCCGGAUUACUUUGCCGAGACCUCCGAGAAGGCACCGCGACCGGCAGCCACGAAGAUCGAGGAGGGCGACGACAAGAAGCAGGUGAUCCAUGAGAAGGACUUGUUGCGAGUACUCGUACUUCUUUUCUCCUGUGCCUAUCGAGAUGUCGCUGUGGAUCCGAGGGGCGAGGAGCUUUUGGAACUCCAACUCCAGGUGAUAGACGAGGAGCAUUUCUUCGAGCUCGAUGGCAAUCUUUACAAAGUCAUGGAUCCAAAAGCGCUGGUCGAGGUUAGCCGCGUGCGACAGAAGAAGCAGGCCAAUGCUGAACAGCGAAAGCUGUCUGGCUUCAAGCAAUGGUAUGCAAACAGGCGUGGGGUCUUCUAA